GCAAGGUUAUGUAAAAUGGCAGCUGAAGAAAUUACACAAUUACCUUUGGCAGCGUUAAAAUUGCCUUAUUUUGGAGAUUUGGACGCUUUCUAGUCUUGUUUUAAGGACGAAAUGCAAGAGGAGGCAAGAUAUCUGAAACGGAGAGUGAAGGGAGGAAGCAUCGAUGCUCAUCCCACAGAGAAGGCUAUUGUGGUUAAUUAUGAACUGGAAGCUGUUAUACUUGGCCCGUUGGGAGAGCCUAUGUUGGGGGAGCGGAAAGAGUGUCAGAAAGUAAUUCGUCUUCAGAGUCUAAAUUCCACAACCAAUAUAGCAAAGCUGGCUGCAGAAGUUAUUGAAAAGUGCAAGCUUAUCCAUCCUUCCAAACUUCCUGAAGUGGAACAGUUACUGUACUAUCUACAAAACAGGAAAGAUACAGGAAAAACAAAAGGUAAAGAGAAAGGAGACAGUCUAAGAAAUGCAGCAGCUGACUUUGAGGGGACUGAGCUAGAUGAACAAGCCAACAUAAAUGACAUAGAGGAGUAUGUAGAGUUACUUUAUGAAGAACUUCCUGAAAAAAUACGAGGAACUGCACUUAUACUACAGCUUUCAAGAAAUCCUGAUAACUUAGAGGAGCUCGCUGGAAAUGAACCUGUUUUGGGUGCCUUGUCUAGAGUGCUGCGGGAGGAUUGGAAGAAAAGCACAGAACUUACCACCAACAUUGUGUAUGUGUUCUUCUGUUUCUCCAGCUUCUCCCAGUUCCAUUCCAUUAUUAUCCAUUACAAGAUUGGAGCCAUGUGUAUGCAAGUCAUGGAUAGUGAAAUUAAGAGAUAUGAGCAGUGGUCUGCUGAACUGGAAAAGAAGAAAAAUAGUGAUAAUAGAAAGGACUAUGAAAGGAGCUUCAAGAAAUUUCUUGGUCUUGUUAAAAAGCAAGAGCAGCUUCUCAGAGUGUUAUCUUACUUGCUUCUAAAUCUGGCUGAAGAUGCAAAGGUUGAGAUGAAGAUGAAAAACAAAGGGAUUGUUUCCAUGUUAGUGCAGCUUUUGGAAAGAGACAAUGUAGAUUUACUGAUUCUGGUUGUCUCAUUUCUUAAAAAGUUGAGUAUUUUCAUGGAGAACAAAGCUGAAAUGGCAGAAUGUGGCAUAUUAGAGAAGCUGGCCAACUUGAUUCCACAUUCAAAUGAGGAUCUUCUUAACAUCGCACUUCGCCUGCUUCUUAAUCUCUCAUUUGACACCGACCUGCGAGCAAAAGCAGUGAAAGCAGGAAUUCUUCCAAAACUUGUGCAACUUGUUUCCAAUGAGAUUCACAGUGUAGUGGUACUUUGCAUUCUGUACCACAUCAGCAUGGAUGACAGAUUCAAGUCCAUGUUUACCUACACAGACUGUAUACCUAUUAUGAUGCAGAUGAUGCUCGAGUGUCCAGGAGAUCGUAUUGACCUGGAGCUUAUCGCGCUGGCCAUUAACCUGGCAGCUAACAAGAGGAAUGCUCAGUUGAUUUGUGAAGGGCCAGGCUUGAAGCUGCUCAUGAGGAGAGCAUUUAAGUUUAACGAUCCUUUGUUGCUAAAGAUGAUUAGGAAUAUCUCACAGCAUGAGGGACCUACCAAGGCCCAGUUUGUGGAAUAUAUCGGUGACCUUGCCAACGCUGUACAGAAAUGCCCCGAUGAAGAGUUCGUCUUGGAGUCUUUGGGAAUUUUAGGAAACUUGACAGUGGCAGAUGUGAAUUUUCAGCAGUUGCUAACAGAUUAUGACAUGUUGAAUUACAUUAAAACAAAGCUGAAUCCAGGUGUAGCAGAGGAUGACCUUGUUCUAGAAGUAGUGAUCUUAAUUGGCACUGUGUCAUUAGACGAUGAGUGCGCCACUGUGUUCGCUAGGGAGGGCAUCAUUCAAAUGCUUAUAGACUUGUUGAAUGCUAAACAAGAAGACGAUGAGGUUGUGUUACAAAUAGUUUACGUUUUCUACCAAAUGAUUUUUCACAAGGCGACAAGGGAGGUCAUUGUGAAGCAAACGCAGGCCCCUGCUUAUCUUAUUGAUCUGAUGCACGACAAGAACACAGAAAUCCGCAAAGUCUGUGACCAGACUCUCGACAUUAUCAUGGAAUACGACGAGGAGUGGGCAAAGAAGAUCCAAGCAGAGAAAUUUCGCUGGCACAACUCUCAGUGGCUGGAAAUGAUAGAAAACAAAGUUGUCAUGGAAGACAAUGACAGCCUGAUGUAUGGUGAUGAUUCCUUCAUGGACGGUGAUCCACUCGACAGACCCGAUCUCUUCUAUGGUCAUCCGGGAUACGACGACCCUGUCACGCUAAUGUCGCGUGAAGGAGCCAUGACUCCGGAGUACAUGAUGGAGGAUCCGGGCGAGUUCGGAAUGUUCAACGGAGAAUCGUACUUGAAUCCCGCGGGUCAUCCCGUGAGCCCGUAUGCCAUGGGGCAAUAUGAGGGAUACCCCGAUGACGGAGUAGGGUAUUUUAAUGCAGGGGAAGGGGCCAUGGGGAGCUGGGGACAUUUGAUAGACGACGAGCCUGGCAAGGCACCUUAUGGUCCUCCACAAGGUCAAAUUUCCCGGCCUAGCAGUCGGUAUGGUCGGCCUGUGUCACCAGGUUAUUCUGAAGCUUAUGGGGCUGAGAUAAUGGAGCCUGAAACUGAUAUGUAUGGGAGGCCUGUGUCAAGAAUGAGAUCAAGCUAUGAAGACACGCAGUUUGGUUACAGAUAGUUAUCUGACUUGGUUUGAUCAUUAACCCAAAGUUAUAAACUUAUCAAAGGAAUGAAAGAGCUUGUUAGACGUUCCAUGAGUAAUGUAAGUUGGCUCUAACCUCUGUGUUAAAGCGAAUAACAUUUUGACACUUGGUUUGCUCCUUUCAAGCUGUGUAUAUUUUGGCCUUUACUACAUUACAAUCUGGUUUAAUUGUUUGUAAGAUUUUUUUUCUAUACAUGGCUGCAGCGAACAGACUAUUUAUCUCAA